GCGCUCGCAAAGACACGCACGCCGCUGUACCUGGCCGGGACGGCGCCCGCGCACAGCACCGCCGCAGCGCGUCCUUGCACCCAAGGUCAUCAUCGCGUACAGACUACGCAUCGCCCGUUGCCUCGUGCGUCCGGCGUCGGUUCCGUAGCAUCCGUCCGUUGCGCCUAUCAUCGCGGCUUGGUGAUAAAAUGGAGAUGGCGGCCACAACAUACAUUCUCCAAGUGAUCGCAGGAGGCGGAAAUGAAUAAUUGGUCGCAGUGCUCAAAAUGGCCAUUAUCCAGAAGCUCCAUCGCGCGGUGCUGCAGGCGGUCGGCGGCGGCCGUGGCCGCGCCCUUAGCCUCCAGGAAAUCGAGCCGAUCAAAGCGCUCUGCGAUGCCAUCCUGCCGAUCCAUGUCGGCCUCGACGUGCCGACGCCCGCGACCGCCGAGACGCUCUACCGUGGCUCCAAGGCGAUUCGCUACAUCCACAUCUACGAAGACCGCGACGUCUCGAUCGGGAUCUUUGUCCUGCCCCCCGGCGCCACGAUCCCGCUGCACAACCACCCGGACAUGAGCGUUGUCUCCCGGCUGCUCUACGGCUCGCUCCAUGUGACGGCCUACGACUUGGUGCCCGCCGAGGCCAACGAUGCGUUCUGGGCCGCGCACGACCCGGGCGAUGACCCGCCGUCCAUUUGGCGGCGCAAGAAGAAACUCCUGCUUGCGCAGCAGCGGCAAGACCGCACGGUGCAAGCGCCGUACACUACCGAGCUCCUUCCGCACAAGGGCAACCUCCACGAGUUCACAUCGGGCAGCGACAUUGGCUGUGCGAUCCUCGACGUGCUCACGCCCCCGUACGACCCAAGCCGUGGUCGCGACUGUACGUAUUACCGCGUGGCAGCCGCACUGGAGCCCACGCCGGACGACAGCGACCCGAUCGUUGCGCUCGAGGCCACGCCGGCGCCGCCCCACUCGUUUGACAUUGUCAACCUCGCAUACCACGGUCCGCCCGUCCUUGAGUGAGCCCGACGAUGGCACACCGACCGUCGCCAGUGUAUAGAGAUAGAGAACUAGAUGUCGCCGCGAUGUACGAGGCACCAGUCGCCGCGGCGAUGGCCGCACCGACGUACCGUGGGCCUAAUCGGAGGCGGUAUACUCGUAUAGUGUUGACAAGCGCGUUGGCCUCUGCAAGCCGCCGAUGAUGCAUAUCGAGUUACGCUACGUUUUACAGAAAUGCGCUGUCGCCAACAUGUCUAUGGUUCACCAAAGACAGUUCGAAACCCAGUCUAGUGCACGAGGUGCUCGUAGCGUGCGAGGAGCCGC